AUGAACAGAUACCUGAACUGUUCUGUCAACAGCACUGAAAUCUGGAGCUCACAUCUAGUCCUUGCACUAGGUAUCCCUCAACUGAUCAUUAACGUAAUAUCUGUGAUCUUCAACUGUGCGGUCAUCAUUACUAUAUUGUCUACAAAGGAUCUGCAUAAACCCAUCUUUAUUCUUUUCUGCAAUUUGGCUUUUUCUGAUCUUCUCACCAGCUCUUCAGGCUUUUGGAUUUCAAUGCUGUUCAUCACUAACCCAGAAAGCACAAUCUUUGGAUCCAAGGAUAUCCUCAUAGCUUAUGCCUUUUAUACUAUGUCUAUUCUGUCCACCAUCUAUAACUUAGUCAGCAUUGGAAUUGAGCGCUACUUGGCUGUGGCAGAAAGCCUCAGGAUGAGAUGCAGGGUUUCCCGAAACCAGUCGCUGGCUGCAGCUCUAAUUAACUGGGCACUUGCCUUCUUUUUGAGUUGCAUACCUCUAGUGGGGUGGAACUGCUUGCAUAACAAGGAAAACAUGUCUGCUCUCUACAGCCCCUUUUGUGUUGACUACCUCAUCUUAAUCACCAUCCCCAACUGUGCGGUGGCCUUUAUCUUGCCUCUGUUCACGUACCUUAGCAUCAUUGCCAUAUUGAGGAAACAGAAGUUCACAAUGGGAGCGUGUGGACAAGCCAAUGGCAUCUACAAAUCAGCUGAAGUCCAGGUUGCCAGAACUAGUGUCUUUAUCUGGCUUCUGGCACUGGUUUCCUAUGCACCUUUUGUUGUAGGAGUUGUGUUAGAUGCAGCCAACCGUCUGUGCCCCACUGACCUGUAUCCAAAUGUCUAUGUGUUUCGAAACUGUACUGCUAUGAUGAUAACCAUGAACUCUUUGGGGAACCCCAUCAUAUACACACUCCAAGUUAAAACAUUGGGGAGUAAGCUCAAGUUUUUGAAGUGCCCUGCCAGCAACCGGGUGCAAGUCAUUGGGAAUAUCUGA